GGCAAAGGUUUUUGUGGCUGGGCUGCACUUUAAAUACCAGAUUGGUAUUUCUAGGGAAUUAGUGGACCAGGUCUCUCUCUCCCUUUGUGGCUGUCCUAGACAAGUUUGUAUUCUAGAGAAUUCUUGUUUAGCCAGGAACACAGGCAGACCUGUUUGGCACAGCUCGCUGGUCAUGAUAGGAAGUUGUGUGUGCGUGGGGUCAUGUUAAAAGCUUUUGGGGUUAUUCUCAGCUGGGGAGAGACCAGUGUCCACAUUGUUCACGAUGAAUUUAUAAUUCGACAGUGUUAUUUUGGAAAGAUUUUCUUAGAUGUCUAAACCUGUGCCAGUGGACAUGUAAUAUUACCCAAGAAGGCAGCUGACUGUUUAUUGUGUAACACACCAUGUAUUAUUAACAGGAUGUCACUGGUGGGCUGAUAACCUCUGCCAGGCCCAGUAUAUGUGAGAGUGUGUGUGUGAGUGUUUGUCAUGAGACUGCCAUUUGAAUGUUUAUUGAGUCGUACUGUUCUUGAGAACAUGUUGUGAGGAUUGAUUUAUUCCUUGGUAUAUUAUUAAGUACAGUUGGUUUUCGUUGCCCAGUGUGUGGUGUGUGUGUGUUUAUGUGUGGCUGCCAGUACAAGGAGAUGGCACAGACCGACUACCUCGAGGUUUAUAUCAGUUCAGAUGAUGAUGAUGACGACGAUGAUGUUGUGGUAGUUAAGGAGGAGAAGAUAUCCAUUGAAGAUGAUGAUGAUGUUGUAUUUAUAUCACGAACUCCAGCUACAACCACAAUACAAAGUCAGUCACAGCUGUCGACUCCGAGCCAGCCGAGUGCAAAGAUAGAACUUCCCCUCCUUCCGACAGAAGAGGAAAGCUUUUACCAGCAGGCUGCCAGUGUCUCAUCAUCCAGUGGAGUGGGCAUCAAAUGCAGUGACAGCAUAUCCACAGUUCUCAGACAGACUCUUCGGCUGAGCAGCCUGGACCAUUGCCCUCUUGAUCUUUCAAAUUAUUGCAGUCAUAUUGGAAGCUGCAAGCCAGAUGACCCUUCUUUGUUGAGUCUGAAAGUCCAGUCUGAUGAUUCGGCGGUGGAAGUCCUUGCAUCGGUGUCUGCUGAAACUGAAUCAACCAGCAUGGUUUGUAAAGAGAUGGAUGCUGCAGGUGCCAGUCCAGUAGUUAACGUUCGUGUCGCAGGCUCCAGUGAUAUUUGUGGCACAUACCUUGGAGACUCUACUCUAUCUUCUGAUGUGGUUACCGAUGCUUGUCCUGCCAGUCCAGGCGUGUCCUGUGUGGCGUCCAACAAAACUGUGUCUGUGAAAUCUUCUGAUUUCAAGAGUCUGGUCCAGUCUACCAAGUCUGGACUGUUAGGUGGUUCUAUGGAUUCCCUGUUCAGCAUACCAAGCUGUCUGGAUUCUAAUGGUAAUACAUCUGGGUACUGCAAGACAAAUGGAUCAGGAGUGGGUAAGAAAGGUGAAACAAGCUGUCAGGACAAGCAGUCUUCUUUCUCGAUGAAGGAUGCAUGUGACUUGCUGUUGAACUUCAGCAAAUGUUCAAAUGGUGUUAGUAACAGUACUUCAACCGUGUCAAAUCUAUCUACAAACUGUGAUGUUACUACAAUAUCUUCUGUGUCUGUAGACUCUAGUGGUCCAACAAGUCUUAAUUCAUUUUUUUUUCCGAAAAGUGCUAGUAAUCUUAUAAAUAAUAACACUGAUUUGAUCUCCACAUUGCAAUCACAAAAUAAACCGACUGCGACAACGGUUCAGUGUCAGGUUUCCGACUCUGUGCAGAAUCUGUGCAGUUUACACCAAAAAGACGGUCUUUCUCGCAGCCUGAGUCUCCCAGUGCAGACGGCUGCUACUGACAGUACGUCUGAUGCUGAUCCCAGCAAGUCCAGCACAGCUGCUCAACUACCUGCUCUUAGUACUGUCAAUGUCAGUACAUCUGUAUCGGUUUCACGAAUUGCUCAAUGCAACCUUCCACCCAGGAAACGUGUCCGGGUUAGGGUUGAGGGUGAAGAUGGAUACGUUAAGGUUGCACGUCCCGAGGCAAAACCCAUAGAGGUGUGUGUGUUGUGCAAACUGACUCUGAUAGACUUGAAAGUGUCUCGCUGUACUCAGGGGCAUCCAGCAUGUGGGGUGUGUUUGGAAGAACAGGUGAAGCUCAUCCUGACGGACAAACAGGGAUCUCUUGAAUGCAUAAAGGACAGGUGUAGCAGUUACUAUCCAAUGAGCGAGUUAAAGCACGCUCUGCCAUCUCUGGUUGUGGACAUCCUGGAGGACAAACUUCACAAGGACUACAUCAACUUCAUCUCGGACAUGAUGUUGACGAACGCCGCCCCGCCCUCGUCUUCAGACGGAUCCAUUCACAAUAACUUGGCUGUGCCGGACCAUUCCAGCUUGGGUCUGGUUUCGUCGACCAGUGCCAUGUCUACUACAAACAACAACAAUGACUCCAACACCGACCAAAGUCUUUCAGAAAACAACCUCACCGACUUGCUCGACAUUGCUGACAAUCUGCCUCCACCCGAGCAAAAACCGGAUCCCAGCAAGAACAAUGAUCUGCCACCUCACUGGUAUCCCAUGGACAAGAAAAUGAAUCUGUUGAUUGUCGAGCUGCAGCCUGAAUCGGAGGAGUAUGUGGACAUUGCCAUCCAGUUCUACAAGACCAUGACCUUUCCAACAGUGGCCGAUAUUGUCAAGAUAUGUCGCGUUCAGAAUCCCAUUCUCUGGAAGUACUACUGUCUAAAGAAGAUGGAGAUGAUUCAUGAGAAUGACUGUCAUGAGAUAGACAUGCGCUCACUGUUUCACGGAACUACCAGCUCGGUGAUCGAGGCCAUCUGCCGAAAGGGGUUUGACUGGAGAGUCUGUGGCAAGCAUGGCUGUGUUUAUGGUCAAGGUUGUUACUUUGCACGUGCUGCUGCCUAUUCGCACCAGUACACUGAUAAGACUAAAAGCAUUUGCCGAUCACGUUUGGCAAGUAUACGAUCCAUGAUGUUCCAAGCCAAACAGUCAAGUUUCUUGUCCAAUCAACUUAUCCUUCCCAAACCAAGUCCAUCACUGAUUGGUCCAUUUGCACCUACGGUGCCACCACCGGCCCAUAUGCAGUUCCCUUCCCAGAAUGCAUCAUCAUCGUCAUCAUCACAGUUAUUCUCUUCUCAGAACUUAAACUUCGGAAGGUCUAUGUAUGGCUCACUAUUCACAUCUAGCCCUUCGAUGAUGAAUAACAACAAUCAGUCUAGGAAUUCUCCAACACCUUCAACCUCUAGUGGAUACGUUUCAGCGUUGGUGGCAUUUGGUACCAGUCAGAAUUCAUUAAAUCAGCCGUCGAAAAAUGUGUUUUUAAAUUCUCCGCGAUAUUCUUCAACAGGAUCGAACUCGCAGAGUUGUUCACCGUUUACGAGUAAUACGGAAAGUGGUCCGAACCAGAGUCCGUUCGGAUCGAGCAGCACCACCCCACAUACCUCAUUACACCACCAAAGUCUUUCAGGGCAGGGAGACGAGAAGUCUAAGGGCGAGCGUAUCGUCUCACUGUCCAAGAUUGUCAGUGCUCCAACACGGAAAAUAUUCCUUGCCAACGUUCUCGUCGGAAAGUACACCGGAGGAAAUAGCAGCCUACGCAAGCCACCCCCAUUCUAUUCGAUGGAGCCGUAUGGAAAGUGUUACGAUUCUUGUGUUGACGACAUCUUUGAUCCAAAAAUAGUGGUGAUCUUCGACAGCAAUCAGGCGUAUCCGGAAUACAUUGUGGAAUACAAUUACUCAGGAGAUUCUUGAGUAUGUUGAGUCAACUCGAUAAUCACACAAGGAGAAAGUGAUUUAUAGUCAAAAAAAAAAAAAAAAAUUGAAGUAGGAUUUUAUAUUAAUAUUUGCAUGAAAAUCUGUUUUAAAAAGGAAUUAUAGUUGUGCAACUAUAUUAAAAAGUGAUUUAGUUCCCAUUAAAAUAAUAUUGCUUUCAGGGUUUUGAAAAUAAGUAUUCACUGAAUGCAUUUUCAAGAUUGUGGAAAUAUAUAUUUUUUAAAUUAACAAAUUCAAUUGUCUGUGGGUAAAAUCUACUUGGUGUGGAAAUAACCUGUCCUUACGUUUGUGAUUUUAAUACCAGUGUAUAGAUUGGAUGUAUAAGGCACGACAGUAGUCAGGUCUCCUCUGUGUUGCUUGUUCUUUAAAAUGGAUAGUGAAAAAAUCAAAUUAAAAAAUUUAAUUCCCUUUAUUUAGAAUUUUUGGCAUUCUUUUUGGACAUUUUAGAAUUGAAAACUAUCAUGUUUAAUCUUCAAUUUUCAAUUUUUAUUCAGUGUACUUGCAAGUUGUUCAAUUGUCAAGAAAUGACAAGUUUGCAUUUCCCAUACAGUAAGAUUGUCAAAUUGAGUGACGGUUUCCACAUAUUUGAAUAAUAAUAAAAUAAAAUAAAAAUCCAUAUUCUCUCAAACAGUCUGAAUUUAUAGUGUAACACUGUAGUAACAUUAAGAAACCACAAUUAAUGUUAUCUGAAUGUGUAUUGGUUCAUUGUCAUAAAUCUUAGUAUAUUCAUGCAUUAUUAAUGUUCAUCACAUGAAAUAUAUGUGCUGUAACCCCAGGCUUUCCUUGGGAAGAAGGAGGAAAAAGCACACAAGAUGUUUAAAUAGACUAAGUUCUACAACCCACAAUUUCUGCUCUCAUCUUUUUUUCUUUCUUUUUUUCAAUCACAAUAAAUAUAACAUACUCAACUGUAAUUUGUUUUAAUGUUGUUCAUGUAUUUGAUAAAUAGUACCAUUUUUUUUUAAACUUAAUCUUAAUUUUGUUUUCUACUCUUGUAGGAAAUGAAACUGAUAAUUAUUAUAAUAGGUGUGUAGCUAACCUAUAACAAUCACAUUAUAACCAGUUUUGAAGUUGACUGGUGUCACAAUAACAAUAAACUAGGUGAGUCAUGCUUCCAUUUUCAGAACAUUGAAAAGUUAUGUGCAAAAUUGGUAUUGAAAUUUUAAUUUUUUUAAGAUAACUAAUACAUCUAACUGACUGAAGAAAGUUUUCCAAUUUAUAAAUUGAACCAUUCAUUUAUGAAAUAUGGAUUGAAGUAAAUUACAUUUAUUGUGUCCAUAGAGAAUAUGUGAUUGUUAGAUACCAUUUAUCUUACAAGUUGUUUUAAAGUAUAUCUAAUGAGAAAAAAGAAAAAGAACAAUUAUGACUAAAUUAAAGGGACAGACCCUAGUUUUUAAACACUAAGGCAUAUUUUU